CGUAUAGCCGUCUCUAAUCUCCACAAAGAGACGACGAAGAACUUCUCGGACGUGAUCCGAGCGCUGUAUGCCGUGACAGACGCCGCCAAUGGUCGCAAAACACCGCUCAUCUCGGAGGAGACCUACCGCGUGGUGAUGGACAACGCCGAGCGCCUCAACUCUGCCAUUAUCUACGACCGCGACUUUCACUACCAGUACUUUGGCUUUAAGACACUGGAGAGGAGUUAUCUGUUGCGCAUCGGCGGUAAGAUUGUUGAGCGCCCGCAACACUUGCUGAUGAGAGCGGCGGUGGGUAUUCACGGCCAGGAUAUCGACGCCGCCAUCGAGACCUAUAACCUGAUGUCCGAACGCUGGUUCACUCACGCGAGUCCCACACUCUUCAACGCCGGCACUCCACGACCGCAACUGUCCUCUUGUUUCCUCUUAACAAUGUCUGAGGACUCGAUUGAAGGCAUAUUCGAUACGUUAAAGCAAUGCGCGGUCAUAUCGAAAGCGGCCGGCGGUAUAGGACUGAACGUGCACUGUAUCCGCGCGGCCGGCACUCCCAUCAACGGCACGAACGGCAUAUCCAACGGUUUGGUACCAAUGCUCCGGUGCUAUAACAACGUGGCCCGAUAUGUGGACCAGGGAGGCAACAAACGGCCC